GAGGAAAGGUGUAAACAAGUAUUACCCUCCAGACUUCAACCCUGAAAAGCAUGGCUCCCUCAACCGCUACCAUGGCACCCACCCCCUGCGGGAGCGGGCACGGAAGCUGUCCCAGGGCAUCCUCAUCAUCAGGUUCGAGAUGCCUUAUAAUAUCUGGUGUGACGGCUGCAAGAACCACAUCGGCAUGGGUGUCCGCUAUAACGCUGAGAAGAAGCAAGUGGGGAAGUACUACACCACCCCCAUAUACAGGUUCCGUAUGAAGUGUCACCUGUGCGUCAACUACAUCGAGAUGCAGACGGACCCGGCCAGCUGCGAGUAUGUCAUCGUCAGCGGUGCCCGGCGCAAGGAGGAGCGCUGGGACCCGGAGGACAACGGGCAGGUGUUAACCACUGAACAUGAGCAGAAGCAGCGCCUGGAGACCGAUGCUAUGUUCCGGCUGGAGCACGGAGCAGCCGACCGCGGGACCCUCCGGAAGGCGCUACCCGCGCUCAGCGACCUGCAGGAGGCCCAGAGCGCCUGGAAGGACGACUUCGGCCUCAACAGCCUGCUGCGGAGACGCUUCCGGGAGCGCAAGAAAGGGCAGCUGGAAGAGGAGCGGCGGGACCAGGCGCUGCAGGCCAAGGCCAGCCUCGACAUCCCGCUGCUGCCCGAGACCGAUGCCGACAGACGCCUGGCUGCGCUGCUCACACUGCACACCCUAGACUCCUACGAGGACAAACAGAAGCUCAAGCGCUCGGAGAUCACCCAGCGCUCCUGGUUCCCUGCCGCCCCAGGACCAGCAAGCAGCACUCCCAAGACAAGCAGCAGGGUCCUGAAGAAGCUGCUCCAGGCCCGCCGGGCACCUCCCACCAGUGGCUCCAUCACCGGCUGUGACCUAGGCAUUGUGCGGCGGCCGGCCCGGGGCGGGGACCCCUCCAACAGCCCCCAGCUCCAGGGUACCUCCCAGGACAGUCCCUCAAUCUCCCAAGACAGGCCCAUAGCCCCCCAGGACAGUCCCACAAUCUCCCAGGACAUGUCUAUAACCCCACAAGAAAGCUGGCAGGAUGCACCCCAGACCCCCGAGGACCAGCCUCCCAAGGGCCUCAGUUCCUCUCUCGUGGCUGACUACUCGGACUCUGAAAGUGAGUGAGUUGUCUGCGGUGGUAUCCAGCGCUGGUCACGUACCCCAACUUCACCCUCCCCAGAACCUGGACCUCAACGCCCCCCACUGCAAUGCUGGGGUUUUAUUUAUUUACUGGGGGCAGGGGAGGGGCUGUGCCUUGGAGGACAUUCCAGUAUUAAAGUUGCUUCCUUGCUCCA